AAGGACCGGCGUAGGUCAUGCUGCUUCAGACAUGUCGGUGUUUGUCCCCACUGUGCUGCUCUGUGUCUACGGCUUCUUCACCAGCAUGCGGCCAUGCGAGCCCUUCAUCACCGCCUACCUGAUGGGACCAGACAAGAACCUGACGGAGACUCAGGUUGUCAAUGAAAUCUUUCCAGUAUGGACGUAUUCCUAUCUGUUCCUGCUGUUCCCCAUCUUCCUGGCCACUGACUUCCUCUGUUAUAAGCCGGUGUUGGUGCUCCAGGCCAGCAGCUUAGUGGUCACCUAUGUCAUGCUGUGGAGGGCACAGGGCAUGCUGGCCAUGCAGCUGCUGGAGUUUUUCUACGGUCUGUCCACAGCUUCAGAGGUGGCCUACUAUUCCUACAUCUACAGCGUGGUGGAGCCGGAGCACUACCAGAGAGUGACUGCUUACUGCCGCAGCGUGACUUUGUUCGGAUCAGCGGCUGGGUCUUUGACCGGUCAGUUGCUGGUAUCCUUGGCCGAAGUUGACAAGGUCUACCUCGUCAUCAUUACACUGGCGUCAGCCUCUGUGGCUUUUCUGGUGCCCUGCUUUCUCCCCAUGCCCAAGAGGAGCUUGUUCUUCCACAGGCGUGCAGGAGCAGAGGAGGCUAGGCCCCGCAGCAGCAGCAGAACCGCCACCAGGAUGGAGAAGGCGGAGGAUUCGGACAGCAGGGUGCCGCUGAACAGGCCGGAUAUCUCCAGGGCAUCCAGGUCCUCUGAGGCAGGAAGUGGCAGCAGGGGGCUCGUGGCGGUCCUGCGGAUGCUGUUUGAUGACUUUGUGCAGUGCUACAGGUGUCGCACCCUGCUGGCCUGGUCGCUGUGGUGGGCUCUGGCCACCUGUGGCUACUUCCAGAUCAUCAACUAUUCUCAGCCGCUGUGGGAGCACAUUCUUCCAUCCAAGGAAAACAUCAUCUACAACGGCUAUGUAGAGACCCUGUCCACGCUCCUCGGGGCUCUGGCGGCGCUGCUGGUGGGCUGCCUGCCUGUGACCUGGGCUCUGUGGGGGGAGUUGGCUCUGUGUGUGCUCUCCCUGCUCAUGGCUGUGUGUGUGUUUGUCAUGAACACGGAGCACAUCUGGCUGUCAUACAGCUUCUACAUUCUCUUUAGAACCACGUACAUGCUGCUCAUCACUGUGGCCACGUAUCAGGUUGUGGCCAGCCUGAACAUGCAGCGGUAUGCGCUGGUGUUUGGAGUGAACACCUUUGUGGCUCUGCUGCUGCAGUCUCUGCUCACGCUGGUGGUGGUGGACUCCUCUGUCCUGGGCCUUAAAGUCUUCACUCAGUUCUUCAUCUACGGUGCCUACUUUGCUGUCAUUUCUGCGAUCUUCCUCUUUGCUGGGCUUUAUAAACUGGUCUCCAGGCGGCACUCUGAGCAGAAGGCUCUGCCCGGCAGCCGAGCGCAAUCGGAGACGGACUCUCCACCGAUCGGUGGCACAGACUCCAGGACAUGUGUCGGUGAAGGUUCUCAGUCAUCCAGGUCAUCGUAGUCAAAGGAG